CGCGAAGAAUAUAUAAAUCGCGGGUAGGGCUGAAAUUCAGGUUAGUACAGAUAGUUUCUGAGCCUAUCGCGAAGCUGUGUUCACACCAUGCAGGUUCACGCUAUUCUUGCCAUCGCUGUGAUCCUGGUCGUAUCGAUAGAGUCGAAACCGAUCUGGCCAAACCUGUACGUGAGCAAUUAUCCUUCGCAAGCCAUAAGCGUGCAGCCGCAGCUCCUCCAGUACCAGGACACCUACUCCCCGUACUACGUUUACAAUGUACGCACAGAUGUAAACACGAUUCCUGCAGCCGUCCUCGCAAAUGGAAAGCCAUCGGUUCCUCACAUACCUGCCUAUAAUUUUUAUUAUGGGACCCCGGUAUACGACCUCCGAUUUCCAUUAAAUCCGGUAUAUCCUGUUUUGAAGCCUGGUCAACCAGGACUCCAGCCUAAACCAACUGCACCAUCAACGACCACCACGAAACCAGCGGACGGAAACGAAGAUGGCAUCGAGAAGUUGGAUACGAAAGUUGAACCGGAGACAGAAACAAAUAAACCCAUGGAAAAUAAAGACGAAGACGACAGCAUCACCGUAGAUUCGAUAUAAUUCGUGUUUCGAAUCGAUUUUAAUCCAAUAAAGCAUUUAUACCCUUCCCUAUUACGAUUACCAUUCUUCGCUCAUGCAGAGGACAUUGAAAGAAAAAUUUUUAAUAAAAAUAUAAUCGAACA